AUGACGCUCUUCAGCCCGACUACGGUCCUUGUCGGGUUCCUUCUCCUCUACCUCUCCUCGUUUCUUAUCUUCGCCAUCGUUCGGAUCGCCACGGGAAUUUCCAUACAACGCAUUGGCUACUUCUCUCUCCGCCGCAUCGCAUACGUCCCGAAGCAAGGGGUACAGAUUGAACUUCGUGGCCUUGGGCUGUCUUUACACCCACCUUCGUUUGCCCAACCGACAUGGCUUAGUCUUCGAUUGACCGAUUUGAAAGUGACCGUGGACCCCGCCGCUCUGGCCAAGAGCAAACGAAACAAAAACCACCCCGAUGUAUCGGAGCCUACCAGCCCAGGGGAUUCUUCCCCGCCAGAGGAUGACGAUAACGCUUCCCCCCAAGGACGGAGCAAGACUUGGAGAUCGUUAACCAAGCUAAAGGAGCAAGUGAAGCGGCUACAUCGCAAAAUACACUGGUUGAAAUUGGUGGACGUCGUGGCAGUCAACACUACCGUCAAUUUUCUCGAAGCUGGCCAGAUUCAGGUGGGGAGUCUGUCAUUGGCAGUGGACACUAGACGCAAGAUGGUAGACAGAGGGAAACUAUUUCGCCGCAAAAAGUAUGAGUCUGGUGAACAACGCCCAGCUGAAUGGAUAAUGACCGUGCAAAAUGUCCUCCUUACGGUCGACGGCGGAGAACCAACAGAAUUGCUAGACAACAUCGGAGUCAAUGUACAUGGCAUGCUAUAUAAAGACCUUGAAGGACUUAGGGAUGCGUCAAUUGCCCUAAAGAUCGGAAGAAUGCAUAUUCCUUACGACGAUCUGAUGACACUCACGCAAAGAAUCAAGAAGUUUCGGAAAUCCUUCUCGGAAGCCUCGAAGAGUGAAGCAGACGAUGAAGUGUCGUUUGCAGACUUUGUGGAGGAAUUGGACAAGCCUGGAAGCCAGGACGACGCCCUUGUCCAAACAGUUGCCGAUUCAAAGGAGUUUGCGAGCUCUCUAUUGCGGGGAAUACAUGAAAUUCAGAUAGCUUUGAGCUUUUUCAGAUUAUCGCGAGCUAUACAGCCACCUUCGCCAAAGCAGAGUUCUGUCUAUCUCAACAUUAUAUCCCAUGAGAUAGGCAUUGACCUGCAUCGGAUGGAUCAGAAUAGCCCCGCCCAUCGGAUGUAUUUCCAACGGAACGACGUCGCGCAUCAAGCGCUCCUUGCUGCCAUCUCUCUUUCGGUCAGUCUAGACGACAGUUCCGGCGAGACGGAUAAUAUCCUUUACAUACCCAUGGCCACUACAACCAUAAAGACAACCCUACCAUCAAAGACGAUUAGCUCGUUCAGUGAAUGCAACCCGGAAGAGCGAAAUACUAAUAUCCUUUUCGCUAAUCUUGUGGUAACAUCUCCUUCCAUCGAUUUAGAACCAAGGCAUGUUUCCCGGCUCCUGGGAUUGGCUCAGGAUAGAACAUCCUCCCCUCGUGGGAAAAAGAGAAACAAUCAUCGACUGAUAUCCCGGUUGCUCCCUAAAGCGAGUAUCAAGCUCUCGGUUCAUGAGCCUGUACUUCGAUUCGUUUUGCCCAUCUCUGAAGCUUCCGAUGUUUCUGCGGAAGACUACAACCUACUAAUAUGCUCUAUAUCUUCAAUCUCACUCGACAUAGAGUCCUCUCAUUCAUCGGAAGGCGGUGUUCACUAUUCCCUAUCGUCUAUUUCCCGGGUGGCGUCCCACAAACUGUAUUACCAAACGCCCUUGGGAGUCAAACAUAAUCUACUCACAACCGAUAAUAUGGAACUGAAAGUCCUUCUUAGUUCAUCCCCGGAGGUAUGCGUGAUGGCUUCUGGAUCGUUAAAUACAUGUUCCGCCCACAUGGUCAAUGGGGAGGUCAAUCGAGGUAUUCAACAGGUGAUUGAACAGUUCAGAGCCCAAAUCAAGCCGAAGAGAAAGGUUGCAAUGUCACUCGAAGAGCGUAAACCUAGUCUUCUAAGGCGCGUUCCCCCUUGGCUGCUCAGGUUCCAAUUUGAAGCUACCAGCUUGAGUCUGGAAAUUGCUGGUGUGGACGAAGCGGUCUCAGAACUUUCUCGUGGCGUUUCCCUCCAGAUCCAUUCGUGGACCGCAGAUUAUAGAGCACAAAAGACCGAACAACCUAAUGUGAGUAUCGUACGGCGACGGACUCCGAGUCAUUCUACGAUCGGCGACGAAUCACCCUUCAGGUUUCCUCCGACAUCACCCCCAAGGCAAACACAACGUGGUGCUGCGGAUGGAAGACGACUUGCUCUUCAUGUUCGUGGCUUUGAGGGAUUUGUAAUAGAAUCUGAAGAUUAUCUGGAGGCGGACCCUUUCUUCUCGCUCCCUAGGUUCGAGGUGGCGUUAAGUACCUUGAGCGACCGUCUUGGGCCUAUUUUCCACAUCAAUUCCGUGAUAAAGGGUAUUUACCUACAGUAUUCCCUUUAUCGUUAUUACUGCGUAGGAGUUGCCGCAUCUGUGAUCCAGAGCGCUUUCUUGCAACGUUCGCCAACAGCAACACCUCAGACCCUUUCUCCUUGGAAUUCGCCUCCUUCAUCGCCUCGCCCAUCCUCGCAAAGGAAUGAGCUUAUUACGGCCGAUGUGAGAGUCACUGUGGUUCAGGUCAAAACUUUCCUUCCCGCAGACCCCCCCAUGAUGCUCCAAAUUUAUGGACUUGCAGCUGGUUCCCACCGACUCUCCGUUCCAUUUGUUCGAGCUCACCUAGUUCGGCUCCACGCUGAGGCACCUAAGCUCAAGGGUGUCUGGGCACGAAUUAUCGGUAUGACUAAUGUCAGAGUCGAUUUCCGCACUGCCAAACUAAAGCAGGGCGUCAAUCUGACCGAAGAGAAGUCGAUAGAUGUGUGGGCAGAUUUUAUCCGCUUGGCUGUCCCGCACCACAUGGUGAUGCAUCGCAUUUUUGACAACGCGAUUAACACAGCAAAGGCCCUCAAGCAACUUCACCAUCGAUUCAAAAACCAUACGGCCGGUUUUGACUCGUCGAGAGACCCAGAGGAACCGAAAAAAGUACCAAGGAUAUCACUGCGCAGCAAAGCACUUUUAUUCGAAAUGGAGGAUGAUGCAUUUGAAUGGAAACUAGGGUGCAUAUAUCGUGCAGGCCUUCUAGAGCAACGCCAGCGCCAGGCAAGAGAAGAGGCAUACGAGUUGAAGGUCCAAAAAAUCAAGGAAUGUGAUCAACGGCGCGCCUCAUCAAGAUUGCGUGCAAAGUCGAGCCACAGAACCCUUCGCAGUGAGAGGGUUAGUGGGGAGUCAAAGAGAAGCAAAAGUGCCGAUGCGAAGCCACGCAAUAGUGAUUCAGAUGACAAUAAGCGUGGGCGGGGAAGAAAAUUCCGCUAUGACACUGAAGGUGCAGCAUGUCUCUCGGGCGAAUCAAAGGUAUCAGCAGACGUGGCCUGGUAUCGACUCCAGGAAUACAAUGCAAGAAGCUGGAAGAAGAAGAUCGACGGUGCCUUGAAGUUCCAGGGUACUUCGAUCAAGGAAGUACGAAAUCUCUUCUGUGGAGCCGAUGAGCCGCCUGAAGAUGUGGAGGAGACGGAGACUGUGCUCUCUAUCCCGAAUAGACCUGCUCUUAUGGCGGCUUUAAUAAGCGAUAUCCAUCUUGUCAUAGACAAACCGUUUUUUCCUUUGGAAGAUUACCCAACAUUCCUCCAUAGGAUUGGAAAAGGUAUUCCGAUGUCUACGCAAUAUGCAUUACUCAUUCCAAUGAGCUUUCAGUUGGACAUGGGAGAGGCCCGCGUCAACUUAAGGGAUUAUCCCUUGGACUUGUUGCAUAUACCAGCUUUACGCCCUGGACAAUCACCAAGGCUUCCAAGCUGGUCACUUCGAACCAACUUUGUCAUUGCGGAAGAGUAUCGUGACUAUAAAUCGUCCAGACAAGUUCAAGUAGAGCUUGUCCCUCCAACCGAACUUCCGGACGGCUCCAAAAGUCCUUCGUUCGAAAUAAGCGUUUGGCGAUCGGUAAGCCCUGUCAAGACGUAUUCUGAUCCGACAAUCGAGAUCAACACGAGUCUCCCAACGAGCAUCUCUUGGGGUAUGUCGUACCAGCCUGUCAUCCAGGACAUGAUGAAAAUUAUAGAGGGUUUCACCAAAGCCGAAAUUGAUCCUUCUGACAGGGUUGGCUUCUGGGACAAGAUUCGACUGAGCUUCCAUUCCCGGCUUCGGAUUCUCUGGAAAGAAGACGGAGAUGUUCACUUGCGCUUGAAAGGCUCUCGUGAUCCGUAUGUCGUAACCGGCUUUGGAAGUGGAUUCGUCAUGUGUUGGCGCAAGGAUGUCAAAUGGGAAGUCCAUACUAGUGAUGAUCCAAAGGAGUUCAUGAGUGUUACUAGUGGGGAGUAUGUGCUAGCUAUUCCGGACUACAGUCACGAAGCCCGCUUCAUGGCGGAGGCCACGGCUCAGGAUCUGGAAACCACGUCGACAUCAAGCGAGCUAAAAAAUGCGGCCCACUUCAAGAAAGUUGUGAUGAAAUUGUCAGGCGAAGUGAAAUGGGUUGUAGGCCUCGUUUUUGAACGUAAUGUCGAUGAAAACAGGCGGUCAUUCGAAUUCAUGCCGCACUAUGAUGUUAUUCUCCAGAAUCCAAAAUAUGUCAGUCCAUCCGAACGUGCGGUCUAUGACGCUUAUCGUGGGUUCCGGAGUAACCAUAUCCAUCUAUCAAUCUCCGUGCUCGCCCCAGAGAGUAGGGAUUGGUCUGUUGACAAAGUUGAAUCAUCUACUAGCUACAACACAGUCCAUCUCACUCCACGGUUCUUCACUCAUUUUUUCAAUUGGUGGUCUCUUUUCUCUGGGGUAAUGUCACUUCCUGUUCGGCAAGGUCCAUUGUGGCCCGGCAUUACCAAGACUAGCAAGAAGUUCAACCGCCAUCUUGCUACUGUAAAGUAUCAACUGCUCUUCGCUCCUUUGUUUGUAGCUCACAUGUACAAGCAUAAGGAUCGUGAAGACUAUGGCGAGGAUGUUGUCACAGCGACAGGAAUCAAGGUUCGCUUGGAUAGUCUGAAGCUUGAUGUACACCAAAGACGUGAACAGGUUAAGACACUGGCAAAGGGACGCCUCAAGCAGACGCAGGCGAGCGCCAUGCGGAUUAACCAAGCCGAGCUAGAUUUGCAAGCUGCGGACUUCAGAGCUGUUUCGGCUUCCAUUGAAGGGACAAACUUGGAUGAUAUUGAGCAAAACAAGAAUGAUAUUAUCUCAACGUUCCAGCAACCUGUGCCCUCCGUCGAUCUUUCCCGGUUUACCAUCCCGGAUCACAAUCUUGAUUGGGUCGAUAUGGAUGAUUUCGUGGAGCUGGAUUGGAUCCUUCCUCAAGAGUCGAACCCGCGAACGCAGAUUUUGCCUUUAGCAUUUACACCACGAUUUACUUAUUUCCGCCAGACAGAUCAUGGGGACAUAGGUCCGGACGAGACAGGCUACAGUACUUUUGGCAACGAGCCUACUCAUGCGUGUGUUAUGUCCGAGAGUAAUGAACCACGCAGAGUGCAAAUGGCGUUGAUCAGGGAGCGCCUUGCCCACGUUGAAACGCAGGUUCAGGACUGGGAGCGCACAAUUGGAGAGCAGGAACUUCGCAUGGCCAAGGAUGUUGAUCAGGACCCUUCAUUACGGACAGAGCAUGAGAAUUACGUCAAGCAGGCGCAGUCUCUCGCUCGGCGACGGGCUUUCCUUGCUUCUGCACUUCAACGUCUCGAGCGGCAACUCGCUCGAGAAGAAUUGUGCUCAACGAAAAUAAGCCCCGAAACCGUCGCAGCUGAUGUUACCAACCGAGUAGGGACGGAUGCAGACUCGAGUAGCGAUGGCAAGGAUGCGGAUAUGGAUGGGCUUUCUUCGUCACCUCACGAUGAGUUUGCGACCAAUUUCAACAAUCGUUUCAUAAUACACAAUACUCAGCUAAAAUGGAACAACUCACUAAGGAACAUCAUAUUGCGUUACAGUCACCAGGUGAGCCAAAGGCGUGGAUUUGUGUAUUACAUGUCUCGAAGGGCAGUCAAAUUUAUCCUCGAUAUCGUCGACGAACAAAGCAAGAACCAGAGAAGGUAUUCCAAGUUGUUCAAAUGCGCAUCAAGACGUCCCUCCGACAUUCGUGGCCUUGUGGAUAACGAAGAGGAUGGAACCGUGGAAGAUCGUAUCGAGCAACUGCUGAAUGACGCGAAACACUUCGUAAAUGCAGACGAACACGAGGAUCCUGACCACAAGAAACAAGACAGUUCAAAGUCUGAUGAUUCUAGUGAGAAUAUUUCACCGGAAUUCACACCGCAAAAUAGCUAUCACUUGCGGCUUAUCGCCCCUCAGAUCCAGCUCCAAAGCGAGAAGAACCAAAAGUCGGUCGUAUUGAUUGCCGCAAAGGGCAUGCAGCUGAAGGUCGUGUCAAUCAUGGACAAGGAACGUGUUUCUGACGAUGUCAGCGGUCUGGUACAGCGCCGCUUCUCCCUCGAAAUGGAUGGUGCUCAAUUCUUCGUUGCAACGCAGAAGAAUUUGAUGAAACAUUUGCAGUUCUACGCAGGCAACAAGUACGGCAAUUCUCCAGGCUCGGCAUGGCCACCUUGGUUGACUAUCGAAGCGAUGUUUGAUUUCGAGUUGAACCCAUUCGGUUUCUCAAGAAUUGUUCAGAAGACUUCUGCCAGCUUGAGAUACGACAAGUAUAACAAUCUUCGUCUGAAGUAUAACGAAGAAGUGGCAAAGGGACAACCUGACCAAGAGCGUGGCCUCGGCAGCGAGGAAUCCAGAAUUGAUCAAAUCAGCGUCGAGUUUCCUCACGUCCGCGCUAUCUGCGAUUCGGUUGAAUACUACUCCAUGUACAUUAUUGUGCUUGAUUUGCUACUUUACAGCGAGCCUCUGGAGAAAGUCCGGGAAGAACGCCUGGAGAGGAUCAUGCUCAGUUCUGACUUCAGCGAUCUUAGAGGCGCACCGGAGAUGGUUUUUAAACUGCAGUCUCGGAUUCGUCAUCUGGAAGAGAUCAAGGAGCAUUUCCAAAUCCAUGCCAAAUAUCUCGACAAACAAGGCUGGGCAGAUCGCAUGGAGCUUGAAAAGGACCUUGCUCAAUGCGAAGACGAGUUGUUCUUCUUGAUGAAAGCAAUAACAACUUCCCAGCGGAGAAUUGAUCCGACAAUGUCUGGGGCCCAUGGCCUCCUGCGUUGGAACAUAUCAGCCCAUGAGGUUGUCUGGCACCUUAUGAAGGACGAAACCGAACCAUUGGUCGAGUUCCAGCUACGAAAUGCCGAAUUUGAUCGUACUGACAACAGUGAUGGGUCUAACCACAAUCUCGUAGCAGUUGAACGACUGUAUGGAUUGAAUCUUCUUCCGGACGCCAUCUACCCUCAAAUCAUUGUGCCGUAUCUCGAUCAAGCUAAGCCUCUGGACUCACCAGAUGAUUACAUGAUUAAGGUCAAGUGGCACAUGCUUGAAGCAGUUGCUGGUAUCCCUGUUUUGGAUAAUUUUGAGGUGUCACUUUUCCCGCUCAAGAUUCAACUGGAACAUGAGCUUGGCCAAAAGGUGUUCGAGUACAUAUUCCCUAAUGUCGGGGCGAAUGCGUUUGAAAACGGGGGCUUUUCGCCCUUAAUGGUCAAGGACAUGAAACCACGGGAAGACUCCGACGAAGAUGGAGAGGAGGCAGAAAGUCUGGUUCCGCCUCGAAGCGCCCAUAGCAACACGGAUGUCUCAACAGAAGACCUGCAGAAGGGGCCGGGCGCUAUUGAACUGAGGCUACAACCGACGUUCACGUCAUCUGAUGAUGCUAGACCCCGAUCUGCACGCUCUAACCACCUGAAAGGCCUCGCCAUGACGCCCCUUCAUAAGGAUAGCAACCGGCUUGGUCCCUCCGAACCUUCUCGUCAGACAGCGCGUCCGUCAACUAGUGGCGGUUUAUCUACUAAGAGAUCGGCCGACAGUUUACGGUUACUAUCAAGACAAGGCACGGACAAAACCCUUGCAAAUGGCUCGGGCGCCGGGGCCGGUGAAGAUAAAGGGAAGAAAUUCGGCUUAGCCAAACUACCUAAUAGAAACAAGUCCAAAGCAGCCACCGACGAUCUAACCCAGAUGAUUUCUCGCGCAUCGAAUUACAUGACGCUAGCCCAUGUCAAGGUGCGAGACGUUGUACUUUGCUUGAGCUACAAGGGCAAAGGAGAUCAUAACCUGGAGGACAUUCACGACUUCGUCUUCCGUCUGCCAAUUCUGGAGUAUCGGAACAAAACAUGGUCCAACUUGGACUUGGCUUUGCGACUGAAGAAAGACGUUAUCAAGGCACUUAUAUCCCACGCACCUGCGAUACUUGGGAAUAAAUUUUCACAUCAUCGCCCUACAAAACAACAGCAGAAGAAAUAUCGUGAUAUAGCGAACUCUGCCCAGCUGCUUCACAACACUGAUAGUGCGGCAGUCACGAUAUCCGACAAAAGUCAGACGAGCCAGGACUCGAACAGCGAGUACUCAGAAUCACAGUCGCAGAGGUCUGUUCAUUCCGGAAGCUCUCGACGCCUUCGUUCGAAUUCCUUAGGGUCCAGUAUGCUCAGUAUUGAGCAGAGUGGCCUAAUGUCUGAUGCUCGAUCUACUAGUGAGGUCGACGUGGAUGCUCGCUGGGAGCAAUCUCGCAGGGUUGUGAAUCCUCCAUCCCGGCCCGUGACUUCAGGUACUGCAAUAGCCCGUUCCGAAACUAAACGCUGGGACGGGGCAGAUGAGAGGUGA